AUGCGAUUUCACCUAGGUUAUAAAAUGCGGACGUCUUGUCUUCUCUUCGCCAUUGCUAUAGGAACUUGCACAGUUGCUCAAGAGAAAAAGAUCGACAAACUUCAGAUCGGAAUUAAAAAGAGAGCGGAAUCGUGCGAAAUUAAGUCGAGGAAAGGUGAUGUAUUACAUAUGCACUACACUGGCACCCUUCUCGACGGAACAGAGUUCGAUUCUAGCCGUACCCGGAACCAGGAAUUCACUUUCACGCUUGGAAUGGGGCAGGUUUGUUGA